AUGAACAACCACACUCUCCUUGUUCUCCCUCCCGAAGUGAUCAGAGAAAUUCUUCUGAGAUUACCCGUUAAAUCCCUUUUGCGUUUCAAGAGUGUUUGUAAGUCAUGGCUUUCUCUCAUUUCCGAUCCCCAAUUUGGCAUUUCCCAUUAUGACCUAGCUGCCACACCCACCCAUCGAAUCCUACUCAGAUCGAACGAUUUUUAUGCUCAAUCCAUUGAUACAAAGGCACCGUUUAUAGAUCACGAAGAGGGUACGCUGUGUUUGCUCCGUGCAGUGCAUCUCCUUCUUCCUCCUCCUUCUCCCCCACGCAUUCCCGAUUUUUUUCACUUCGAUGAUUUUCGCAAUCAACCUCACAUUCUGGGCUCAUGCAGAGGGUUCGUUCUUUUAUACUACGAGAGGGGCGAUGACCUCAUUCUGUGGAAUCCCUCAAUCGGUGUUCAUAAACAAUUACCACACUUUCAAUAUGAUAGCAUAACCCGUGAAUUUCUCUAUGGUUUUGGAUAUGACCCAUCAAAAGAUGACUAUUUGAUUACUAGUAUUCCAUUCUCUUGCCCCUUUUCUGCUGAAAAUGAAAUCCACGUUUUCUCGUUCAAAACUGCUUCCUGGAACAAUGUCCCUGUCAAUAUUCCAUAUUCAGAUCCUGGCAAUUGUCUUGCAGUCAGAGCUGGGUCACUCUUCAAUGAGACUCUUCAUUGGUUGGUUUUGUCCAAGGAGAAAAAGGUUCCUAUCAUUCUUGCCUUUGAUCUGGUACAAAGGAGUUUUUCGGAGAUUUCUCUGUUGGAUCAUUUAACUAUGGAAAAACGUCGAGUUUGUGGUUUGAGGGUAAUGGGAGGAUGUCUCAGCUUGUGUUACUCGGUUGAAGGCAGUGCAGUGACGGAAAUAUGGAUGAUGAAAGAAUACAAAGUGCAGUCUUCUUGGACGAAGUUCAUUAUUAUACCUACUUGUGACUUUUACCCCAUAUGCAUCACCAAAGAUAGUGGAAUUUUUGGAUCGGAUAUGAGAAGUUUGGAGAAGUAUAAUGAUAAAGGAGAGCUGCUAGAGCAUCGCACAUGGUGUACAAGAAGAGUUGUUCUACUGUGUCAAUCUACAGUCUGCAAGGUAUAG